UCCAGCAUGACUGCCAGUUUUUAACAAGUAAAACCAGACGUCACCAGUGUGGUAACAGUUUGUAGUGUUGUCAGUACAUUUGUUCAUAUCAUGUCACUUCCUCACAUUCAACUACACCCAGAGGUGAAGAGUUUACUUGCGAAAUCGUUCUGUCAGAAUAAAAGUGAGGAUGCAGACGUAAACGAGAAAUUUGUGUCUCUACUCAAAUGGCUUGGAGUACCACCUGCAUAUACAACUUUACGAAUGAACACUCGAUGUUGUCCAGUCGAUAAUAUCAUCCAGCAACUUGACUCUGUUCUACAGCAGCAAUGUCGGGAAAGAAAGAUGGAAGUGUUUGAAAUGUUCCAGCACCCAGCCUUGAAGGACUGUGUUGUAAUCUCAAACAGGGGAGAUAACACCAUGCUACAACCUGUGGAGAAGGAGGUGAUUGUUGAUUUCCUCUGUGGAAUGUCAGUUCUUCGAGGGGCUGACGUCUUCAUUCAGGGGAUCAUGGGAGCUCCAACAAGUAUGCAGAAAGGCGACAUGGUAUCUGUGUACUCGGACGUUGAUGGUCUGUGUCGGAAAGGAUUCACACAGACGUUCAGAGAUAACAAAGUCUUUGUGGGGAACGGUAUCACACAAAUAAGCCGGGAAGAUCUCUUCUGCUCGGCCAAGAGCUUGAGUGGUGUGGGCAUAACAAUGACGCAGCCUCUCUAUGAAGCUCCGGUUCUAACCGACGUCCUCCCCAACCUCGUGUUCGCUCAGAAUCUACCAUCCAUCGUAUGCUCUCACGUCCUUGACCCACAGCCAGGGGAGAUAAUCCUAGACAUGUGUGCUGCUCCAGGUGGAAAAACAAUUCAUAUUGCAACUCUAAUGGACAACAGAGGUCGUGUGGUUGCAUUUGACAAGACAUCCCAGAAGGUUCAGAAAGUGUUGGACAAUGCCUCCAGGUGGGGUGUUACGUGUGUCCAGGCGUACUGUUUUGAUGCUAGGAAAGCUGUUGACAUCUCUGCUGAUGUAUCUGGUGCACCCCCAUACCCACGGGCCACAUUUGACCGGAUUCUGCUAGACGCUCCAUGCAGUGCGCUAGGUCAGCGACCAGCCAGCAGGAACCGACUUAAAGUGAACGAUCUACUGUCGUAUCCACGCUACCAGAGAAAACUCUUCUAUUCAGCAGUGGAGUUGCUAAGACCUGGUGGAGUUCUGGUGUACAGCACGUGUACCGUGACUCUCGAUGAGAAUGAGGGACAGGUGGCAUGGGCACUGGAAACAUUUCCGUGUUUAAGUCUCGUCAAACAGAAGAUGCAUCUUGGCGGGCCAGGAUUUCCAGGAAGUGACCUUAAGAAAGAUGACCUUCACCUUGUCCAGAGAUUUGACCCCUCUGCUUUAUCAUUGUCAGAAACUGCAACAUGUGAUACAGACACUAUUGGCUUUUUUAUUGCCAAAUUCAUAAAAAAAUAACACAAGACAGUGCAAUCUAAAUAUUGUAGAACCUCGUAAAUCUUUGUGCUUGAUAUUCUCAUUUAAAAAGUAUUAAAAUUAUAUAUUAUA